UUCACCCUCUAUCUACCUUCGCACUUUGCACUUCGCACUUCACACUCAAAAGUUUGUUUUCAUUACUCUCAUUUUCAGCCAUGGCAAAGGGCGAAAAGAAGCCGGCGGAGAAGAAACCAGCGGAGAAGGCACCGGCGGAGAAAACCAAGGCGGAAAAGAAGAUCCCGAAGGACGCGUCCUCCGGCGAUAAGAAGAAGAAGAAGAAGGCGAAGAGCGUUGAGACCUACAAGAUCUACAUUUUCAAGGUUCUGAAGCAAGUUCAUCCUGACAUCGGAAUCUCUAGUAAGGCCAUGGGGAUUAUGAACAGCUUCAUCAACGACAUUUUCGAGAAGCUCGCUCAGGAAUCUUCUAGACUCGCGAGGUAUAACAAGAAACCAACCAUUACUUCGAGGGAGAUUCAAACCGCUGUGAGACUCGUGCUUCCUGGUGAGCUUGCCAAGCAUGCGGUUUCGGAAGGGACUAAAGCUGUUACUAAGUUUACAAGUUCUUGAUUUUGGAGAAAAAUUUGGAUUAGGGUUUGGAUGGGUUGUAAAGGGAUGAAAACGCAUUUUGUGAAGCCGUUUUGGCUUGAGGUUUUGUUAG